AUGGAGCUGUCCAAGAUCGACGACCUGCCGAAGAAGCUCCUUCGGGAGGAGGCUGGCCGCGCCUUCCGUCUCCAAGCUUCGGCCUCAAUGGACAUGUGGCUCUGCGUCAAGCGAGCCAUUAAUGCCGCCGAAAAGGCGAAGAAGGCAUACGAAGACGGCAGGGCGAAGGUUGCCGAAGCUGGCAAAGCCAUCCAAGCUCAGGCGAAUUUGGCCAAGGACAUGCAGGCUGCCGAACGGCAGGUAAAAGUUUAUCAAGGCAAGCUUGGCGAGAUGUCGGCAGCCUUGGAGGCGGCGCAGCUGACGGCAAAGGAGGCUGUGGAGUUGAAGGAGGCGGUCCAGGUGGCCUUUGAGGAGUCCGAGCGGGUCAGGGCUUCCGAGAUCGAGGCUGCCGUUCAGGAGGCGAUACGGGGCUACCGUCGGUCCACCGAGUUUUCCACCUUGCUGGACAAGGAGGUAGGCUUGGAAAUGGCGGACCUGAUCUACCGUUUCAAACGGUACAACCCCGGGAAGAAGCUCAACCUCAACUUCAUUGCCGAUCCUCCCCCUCUUCCUGAAGGUAUAACCGAAGAAAUGGUCGAGGAGUACGAGGGGGAGGACAUGACAGAGGAGGUCCCAGCCGAUCCCGAAGGGGGUGCUGCCGAAGCCGAUGGGGUUGCCGCCGAAGCCGAUGAGGCUGCCGCCUGA